AUGGCCACCCGGUCCUACGCGCCUCUGCGGAGGUCGCUGGCUCAAUUAUCGGCGCGCAAUGCUCGCAAUGCUGGCCCUCGCGCGGGGCAGUCAUUCCGCGGCUAUUCAACCGGACAGAAGCCACCUCAGCCGAAGCCAUUCACCGUCUGGAGGCCCUAUCUGCGACUUGCUUUUGGCGUGCCGUUCAUUGGCGCAAUUAUCUACUCCAUGAUGACAGAAGAGGUGACGGAACUCGAUGCUCCGUCCAUGGUCGAAGUGGAUGAAGCCCUCAAGCAAUCGUCGAAAAUCAACGAGUCCUCGCCGAUGCGGUUGCGAAUGGAAAAGAUGAUCAAGCAACACCAACAAAAGAUCAUUGAAGAACUUGGCAGAAUCGACGGACAGCAGUUCAAAACAGAUACUUGGUCUCGUCCCAAUGGCGGCGGCGGUAUUUCAUGUGUGCUCCAGGAUGGAAACGUCUUCGAGAAGGCGGGUGUCAAUGUUUCUGUAGUAUACGGGAAAUUGCCUCGGCCCGCCAUUGAAAAGAUGCGCGCUGAUCAUAAGUCCUUUGUCGGCUCAGAUGUCGACUCCCUGGAUUUCUUCGCCGCUGGUCUCUCACUGGUCCUGCACCCCCACAACCCUAUGGCUCCCACGGUGCAUCUCAACUACAGAUACUUUGAGACUUCCGAUCCCAAGGAUCCCAUCAACGGGGACAAGAACUGGUGGUUCGGAGGUGGCACGGACUUGACCCCGACCUACCUCUUCCCAGAGGAUGCCCAGCACUUCCAUAAGACCAUCAAGGAUACGUGCGACCGCCACGAUGCUACAUACUACCCCAAGUUCAAGGCUUGGUGUGAUAAGUAUUUCUACAUUCCCCACCGCGGUGAGUCCCGCGGUGUUGGCGGUAUCUUCUUCGAUGACCUAGACGCCAACUUCCUCCAAACAUCUGCCGGUUCAUCUUCCAACCCCCAGGAAACAUUGUUCUCUUUCGUCUCGGAUGGUUUGGCGUCUUUCCUGCCAUCUUACGUACCUAUUAUCGAGCGACGCAAGGACGCUUUGUAUACACCGGAGCAAAAGCAAUGGCAGCAACUCCGUCGGGGUCGCUAUGUUGAAUUCAACCUUGUUUAUGACCGCGGAACCAGCUUCGGGCUGCGCACCCCAAAUGCCCGUGUUGAAAGCAUUCUGAUGAGUCUGCCGCGGACAGCUAGCUGGGCCUACAUGGACCCGGUCUCUGGAACCAGGACCGAGAACAUGCCCGUGGAUGAAGAUGAAUUGACAGAGGAUAAGAAGAGUGAAAAGGAGCUUAUGGAUGUGCUUCGCCACCCUCGACAGUGGGCAUAA